AUGAGCAGCGAAAUCGAGCAAUUGAAAGCGGCGGUGGAAAAGCUGCAGGCUGAGGUGACGCGGUUGAGUGAGAACAUCCGCAAGCUUCAGUACACAUACGGCUACUAUCUCGACAAAUGUCUCUACAAAGAGGUUGCCGAACUCUAUGCUGACCAUCCUGAUACCUGCGUCGAAUUCCUUGGAGGGCGCUUUCAUGGCAAAGAGGGUGUCAAGCGGCUCUACAUCGGCCGCUUCGCAAAUGCCUUUGUAGCUGGCCGCAAUGGCCCGGUACACGGUUUUCUCCUAGAUCACCCGCAGAUGCAGGGCAUAGUGGAUGUAAACGCGGAAGGCACCCGAGCCGCAGGCCGCUUCCGUAGCAUGAUGUCCGCCGGCACACACGAGAGCAUCAAAGACACCCAUCCACGUGGAUUGGUACAAUGGUGGGAAGGUGGCAUAUACGAGAACGAGUAUAUUAAAGAGAAUGGCGUAUGGAAAAUCUUCAGGCUGAAGUACUUUCCCUUCUGGCAUGCUACCUUCGAAAAAGGCUGGGCACACACAAAGCCAAACUAUGUGCCGUUCCUUUCGAAAACAUACCCGGAAGAUCCAAACGGGCCGGAUGUCCUAUGCGAAUCCCCGAUGCUCUGGCCCGACACGCGUGUGGUGCCUUUUCACUACAACCACCCCGUUACCGGUGACCAGGUCGCCGAUGACGAUCUGAGAGCCCCACACUUUGGGGCAGACCCGUCAACUAGCAGCCCUCCGCUUGUGCUUAGCAAGCCCCAGUCGGAGAUGGAUUUAGUGCCAUAAGUCGUAACCAUACACGAAGGUGUUUAGUCUUUGUGUACAAUCGUAGGCUCAUACGAAAUGGCGUUUUCACUGUGUUCAUUAUGUUGGCAUGAUCUUCUUCAUACUCUGUUACCCACAUCGAGGAUAUCAACAAGUACUCGAUAAGGGUUUCUCCCAUGUGUCCUUCGUUCAGGAUUAUGGCAGAGCUGGUAUGGACGCAGUACUAGAAAGAAUGAGCCAUCACUGUCCGGCGGCUUCGAAUUGUGUACCUGAGUGUGUUUUAGGUUUUAACUUUGUCUCAAAAAGUCUUAUCGAUCCUAAUGGUUUGUUUUAGAUGUUCGACCCCUUUCCAUCUCGGUUCUCAGCUAGCUGCACUAUGGAUUUUGACGGUCAACA